ACCUACAGUGCUUGUGACUAUCAUCUUGUUUUCAUGAUAGUUCCUGUGUUGAUACGACAUGCACAAGCUCUAGGGCUCCACCGAGUUCACAGAAACUCGUCUCCUUUAUCCCAAGAACAAUAUGAUUUGCACAUAAGAUUAUGGUGGUACUGUGAAUAUAUUGACAUUUCAGUUUGCUAUAAGACUGGAAAUAGUUGUUUGGUGAGUUCCAAUGAUGUUACAACUUUUAGGCAGUUGGAUGCCGAAUUCGAUUCCUUGUCUGGUCCUUUAACCGUAAAGGAACACAUUAUCAAUUCUCACACAAUCGAACAUGUGAGAGACAAGCAGUUUUAUCAAUUUUAUUCUCUGUACUUUCUUAUUUCCUUGAACCGUAUCAAAAGAAGAUCAUAUGAACUGAUAUUUAGUGCUAAAGCUCAAAUGGAAAACCAAUCAGAAGAACACUUCCACAGAGUCAUAGAUAAUGUGUGCAAAGAGUUAGAUGAAUUGUGCAGAUUAGCUGAUCCUGGUCUUAGACCCAAGCUACCAUAUCAAGAUUUCAAAGAUGACCAUAGAUUAAACCCAGCCCUACAGAAUGGUAGCAAAACAAACAACUUGGAUUUCACAAUGAUGUUGUUCAGAAUAGACUAUUUGGCACAUUAUUUGAUUAUUCACAGAGCUUCAAUGGCCAGUAAAGAGAAAGAUGUGAAACGGUACAAUCUCCAUCUUUCAAGGUCAGUUGAUUGUGCCCGAGCAAUCGUUCAUAUCAUCAAUGGCCUAAAUACCGCCGAUAAACGCAGUGUCCCGAAAGGGACUGUAAUUUAUUUUGCACUCGUGGGGUUCAUGACGCUUUUGGCUAAUACCGUAUUGCAUCCAAACGAAGCAAAUGCCAUGGAUGAUUUUAAGAUUUUGCAAGAAUGCACUACGGGUUUUUUCUGCAGUGACGGUGUCUUCAAGAAUGUGAAUAGCCAUUUCAAUGUCUACAGAUUUGAACAAAAGGCUUGUUUCUGUGAUUUAAUUGUCAGAAUAAUGAUGAAACUUUUAUUGCGGGUGAUGUCAAGUCAAUCGAAGAGAGACUUGGGGACGGAGUUGUCUUUAUCAAAAUACGUUGGCAUUUUAGAGGAGUACUAUCCUCAGUUAUUUGCGUCUGAAGAUGAUAAGCAGAAUCCUAACUCCAGAACAGACAACAAAAGACUUGAACCCACAUUAGCGAAUCUCAUCAACCUGGAAGAUGAAGGAAGACCAGGUAAAAGUUUCUUCUUAGAGGCCCUUUUGGAUCCUCGUAAGCCAGAAGAGUUCUUUACCUCAAGCGUUAGUGGACUUCCUAAUUUCUUCCACGAUUUAUGACUUUGUAGAUUUUAUCUAUAGCUAUAGUAUAUUCAAACUCAAGGUGAUUAGAACAGUUCAAACUGUGCGGGU